AUGUCAAAAGACGACGGGGUGAGCCGUCUUAUUGAUGAUGGUUUCGGUUUAGGAUAUGUGCAGUCAUUAGUUGAUAAAUUAUCUUUGACCGAACGCAAAAAAUUGUCAGAGUAUUUGCAGCAGCAAAACCAGCAACACCUAAAUAAAGACAUAAUUUCCGCUCUCUCUCUUUCCAUGACCACUUACUUGCUUGAAUUCUUAGACGCAGAAAAUUUAUGCAAGAUUAGACAAGUUUCUAAAACUUGGAAAGAUCGAGCGACAGAAAACUCUCUUUGGAAAAGACAAUGUAUUCUUGCUGGUUUCUCCAUCAAUCUCAUAUCGAAAUCCUUUAAUUACAGUAAGAAUGCCGAAGACCAUUUUUUUCAAUUAUAUAAGCAUCAUAUAUUAGUUCAGAGAAAUUGGGAUAAGCAAAAUUUUUCUCAAUAUCUUAUGCGCGCCCAUCAAGAAGGUAUCACGUGUAUCGCAGGAUUCGAACAUGGAAAUAUAAUUUAUACAGGUUCUUUCGAUAAGACUAUAAAAAUGUGGGAUAUAUUCAAUUGGACGUGUCUCAAAGUACUAAAGGAUCAUUUCGAAGGUGUUCAAUGUUUGGCGUUAGGUCAUAAAUUCCUCGCGUCAGGCGGUUGGGACAAAAGUAUCAUCAUAUAUGAUAUUAGCAAUGAUCAUGCGAUUAAAUAUAGACUUAAUGGUCAUUUAGCUGGUAUUAUUUCGUUGACAAUGAAUCCCAACGAAUCUAUUCUCUAUUCAGGUUCUGUAGAUAAAACAAUUAGAAUUUGGAACAUACAUACCGGCGAUUGCUUGCAAAAAUUGUAUGGUCAUGAUGGUACAGUAGGAACAUUGAUGCUCAUACCCCGAAUUAUUUCCUCUUUGACCGAUGAAGAACAAGAGGAAAAACUGUAUUGGUUAAUUUCCGGAUCAAAUGACAAUUCCAUUUUGAUAUGGGAUUUGAAUCCUAAUCCUUCUGAAGAACAAUUAUCAAAUUUUCAAUCGACCUCACCCAUAAAACCUCAAAUCGUCAAAAGGUUAGAGGGAAAUACUAGAGCAGUUACUUGCCUGGCUUGGUAUAAAGAUUUAGUGCAGCAGAUCGAUGAUGCUGAUCAAGAUCAGCUUGAUGAUUCACCACGUUCAGUCCAUAUUAAUACUUUAAGUUUUCUAUCAAGAUCCCCUUCACCCUGUACAAAUAUUACCCGAGAAGUCGAACUUAUGGAUUUGGAUGAUCCAGAUUCGCUAAUUCAACCAAACCACGAACCUAUUAACCAUC